AUGUAUCAGGAAAACAGGAAAAUGCCACAGAGCACCCUCACCUCUUUCUCUGUGACAGAUAUUCUUGACCCAGUUAAAUUCACCGGGAAUGUAACUCACGGUGCUCCAUCUCACAAUGACUUCUUGGCGCACAAAUAUGAAUAUGAAUCGACUGGAGAUGAGGAGGAAGGAACGUUGCACGCAUCCAGCGGUGAAGAGACGGACCGGACACAAGUGACAGGUGCGACUGCAGGUGAUGAACUGCCAACCCUCUCUGAGCAGCCCAAGUCCAAAGCCAAAGCAAGACGCAUUCGGACGGCGUUCACUCUAGAACAGUUGCGUAUUUUGGAGCACCGUUUCAGAAACAGUCACUAUCUUUCCGUGUUUGAACGCUUUGGAAUCGCGAAGGCCUUGAAUCUGUCUGAGACGCAGGUCAAGGUGUGGUUUCAGAAUCGGCGCACAAAGUGGAAGAAGGAACGAGAGGGUCAAAGACUUGAAGAUCACGACCAGUAUGGCCUACAGUAUCUAACAUAUCCCGUGUGUCCGUCCAACAUGACCAUGAGUAGGUUCCAGUGUCAUGAGUCUAGUCCAUUUGUGUUCUCACAGCCACCGUUUCUUACACAAAUUUACAACCACCAUGCGUAUUCAACUUCAUUGUAA